AUGUCUAACGCACUCCCCCAUAUCAAGGACUUGGACGAAGAUGCCAAGGUCCACCAUUUCGAUGUCCAUGAGGGAGAAGACGCGACCGACGUCGUCAUUUCUGACGCAGAGCGGAAACGCCUGGUCUGGAAGAUUGAUCGCCAGCUCAUGCCCUUGAUUUGGAUCAUGUACAUCUUCAACUACCUCGACCGCACAAACAUUGGCAAUGCCCAACUUGCUGGCCUUAGCGAGGAUCUGGGCAUGACCUCCCAGGACUACAACUGGGCGCUGUCUGUCUUCUUCUUCGGCUACGUCAUAUUCGAGAUUCCCUCCAACAUGUUGCUCUCCCGCAGCAGGCCAUCCGUCUUCCUGCCAACCAUCAUGGCAAUCUGGGGAGGGCUUUGCUGCUGCAUGGCCGCUAUCCGCAACCUUGGUGGCUUGAUGGCUCUGCGAUUCAUCCUGGGCUGCGUCGAAGCCGGCUUCGCCCCCGGUGUCCUUUUUCUCAUGUCCUCGUGGUACACGCAGGCCGAACAAGCCCGGAGAUUCGCUAUAUACUGGUCUGCUGCGGUCGCUUCUGGCAGUUUCGGAGGCCUGUUGGCCGGAGCCAUUACCUCUCGUCUUGACGGGGCAGCUGGGCUCGAGGGCUGGCGCUGGCUCUUCAUCAUUGAAGGUGUCGCUACCGUCAUUGUUUCUCUGGCCGCCUUCAAGCUUCUGCUUGAUUUCCCCGAGACCGCCAAAGGGUUUACCCAGGACGAAAGAGCCAAGAUCAUGGCACGGCUACGUCAAGAUGGUCAUGCCGAUAUGCAAACACGAGAGCGCACCGUGACGCCCAUGCGCGCCUUCAUCAUGGCCGUCUCUGACUGGCGCGUGUGGGGGCUGGUCCUCAUCUACAGCAUGAUUGUUGGAGCUGGCACAAUCUCCUACUUCAUCCCCGUCUUAACCCAGAGCUUGGGAUACUCUCGCGUCACCGCGCAGUACAUGACCAUCCCCAUCUACAUGGUGUCUCUCGUUGUCUGUAUCGCCGUCGCCAUCUCAUCGGAUUACUUCAACGACCGCCGCUACCACAUCGCGGCCGCCUCUGCCUUGGGCUUCGCCGCUUCCGUCGUUGCCGCCGCUGUCCUUCAGCCGACUGUUCGGUACGUGAUGCUCUGCUUCAUGGCUGCAGGUGUCUGGUCAGCUCUGCCUCUGGCCUUGACCUGGACGUCCAACACCAUCAAGUGGCCCCGUGAGAAGCGAGCCAUUGCGCUCGCCAUGGUCAAUGCUCUUGGCAACUUGAGCUCCGUCUACGGGAGUAGAAUCUGGCCUGACUGGACCGCCCCGCAGUACGCCAUUGGUUUUGGCGUCACGGCCGGCUUCCUCGGUGCGGCUGUGGUUUUGGCCGUCGUUCUUGGCUGGGCCUACCUCAAGUUCCCUCACGAUGCGUUUGUCGUGAAGCAGAUGGCCAAGGUCAGGAGAGAGCCGGCUCCGUCAGCUGUCUAG